CGACACUCGAAAGUACACAGCCUCCGCGUUUACAGUGGUGGUAUGAAAUUGAGUUUCUUUCUCCUUUAUUUAUUCAACUGCCACCAUCAAAAGUUUAAACAACAGUCGUAUCAAAUUAAAACAUUCGAUUUGUCAUAACUGUACGAGCAGAGAUCAAGGGAGCAUCAUGAGAUCGACGCUCUUAAUUUUUUUGGCACUGUGUUUGAUAUCUGUCUGCCAUUGUGCAGAUGAUCAGUAUGAUUAUGAUGAUGAACCAGCAGCAGCACCAACAACACCAGCACCAACAAAACCAUCAAGUAGAUUAGGAAGUCUUUUAUCAUCAAGAGCAAGAUCACCAGUUGCCAGAAAACCAUCAGCAGCAGCUCCAGUGACAACAUCAACAACACCAAAACCAACUGAAGAACCAGUUGAAGAAGUAGUUAAUGAAGGUGAUGAAGUGUAUGAUGAAAAUCAAGAAUCUGAAACACCAACAACAACAACAGAAGCUGCUAAAAAAUUACGUGGUGGUAUACGACCAUUCAGAUCAAAUGAGGAUCUACUAGCUGCAUUAAAAAGACGACGUGCACAAGCAAAUUCAAUUGCACGUGAAACAACAACAACGACAACACAAUCAUCAGCUGAUUCAUCAACAUCAAAAUCAAAAUCAUUAGGUGGACGAAAUAAAAAUGAAUCUGUUACAAAACCAACUCGUAACAGAUUUGGCACACCUGGAAGAGGUAAAAUUGCUCAAGAAGAAGUUCAAGAAACACAACAAGACGAAGUUCAAUUAAAAAAUAAACCAUAUCGUAGAGGUUGAUAAUAUUUAACUUUCAAUAAAUAAAUAAAAAAAAAAAACGUAUAUUAAAUAAUAAAUAA